GGCUGUUAAGUCUCCAAGUUUAAGUCUUUCUCUCUCUCUCUCUCAGUUCAGCCUCCUCCUACAAACAAACAGAGAGAAUUCUUCAUGUGUAUGAUUUCAUAUCUGAAGUGAAUAAUUUAAUAACAUGGCUUCCGCACUGUUUAGAACGAUUCAAAUCCACUCGUCUUUGCUCUACCCAACUGUGUUAUUUAGCAGAAGGAAUGGUGUUCUUUACUGCACGAUGAAAAGUUCUCAAUCUCAAACUGCUACACAAGAAAAGCAGCAGGCUCCCAAAGUCAAAGUUCCACAACAUGCUCUGAAGAAAACAGUCGAUAAGAUCGCAAGAGACUAUGAGGCAAUCAUCGGAAUAGAGACACAUGUCCAGCUUUCAACUCUCACCAAGGCUUUUUGUAGCUGUCCUUACAAUUAUGGAUCCCAACCAAAUACCAGUAUCUGCCCCAUUUGCAUGGGGUUGCCUGGUGCCUUGCCGGUUUUAAACUCGAAAGUGAUCGAAUUCGCGGUGAAAUUGGGACUUGCGCUUAAUUGCAAGCUAUCUCUAAACUCAAAGUUUGAUAGAAAGCAGUACUUCUAUCCAGACCUUCCAAAGGGUUAUCAAAUAUCUCAAUUUGAUAUCCCAAUCGCAACCAGUGGUUACGUUGAUUUGGAUCUCCCUCUUGAGUUCGGUGGUGGUCAUAGGAAGUUUGGCAUUACCCGGGUUCACAUGGAGGAGGAUGCAGGGAAGUUGCUUCAUUCUGGAAAUGGGGCACAGGUUGAUCUAAAUAGAGCAGGGGUGCCUUUGCUUGAGAUAGUUUCUGAGCCUGAUAUGAGAACCGGAAUUGAAGCUGCUGAAUAUGCGGCAGAAUUGCAGAGGGUGGUUAGAUACUUGGGAAUUAGCAAUGGAAAUAUGCAAGAAGGCUCACUUCGCUGUGAUGUAAAUGUAUCAAUUCGGCCAAUUGGACAAUCAGAGUUUGGAACAAAGGUUGAAAUAAAAAAUUUGAACUCAUUUUCAUCAAUUAAUAGGGCAAUUGAUUUUGAGAUAUCGAGGCAGGCACUACUUCUUAGUCAAGGUCAAGGCGAUCAAAUUGUACAAGAAACUCGUCUAUGGGAAGAAGGCGCCCAGAAAACAGUUACGAUGAGGAAAAAGGAAGGACUUUCUGAUUAUCGAUAUUUCCCUGAACCAGACCUCCCCGAAGUUAUUCUCACUCAGGAAUAUGUCGAUAGCAUUCUCAACUCUUUGCCAGAACUUCCCGAAAUGAAGCGUCGUAGGUAUGAUAUGGGGCUGAGCAUGCAAGAUGUUCUUUUCCUGGCAAAUGACAUGAAUGUUGCAGAAUAUUUUGAUGCAACUCUUUCAAGCGGUGCCGACUUAAAGCUGGCUGCCAACUGGAUCAUGGGUGAUAUUGCUGCCUAUGUGAAAAACGAAAAGCUGACCAUUAAUGAGAUCAAACUUACACCAGAAGAGCUAGCGGAGCUGAUAGCUUCCAUUAAAGGUGGGACUAUCAGUGGAAAGAUUGGAAAAGAGAUACUGUUUGAGCUGCUAGCCAAAGGUGGAACCGUCAAGGGACUCAUAGAAGAGAAGGACCUCAUUCAGAUAGUUGAUCCUGAUGAGAUCGGGAAAAUGAUAGAUAAAGUGAUGUCAGAGAAUCCGAAGCAGCUAGAACAAUACCGUGGCGGGAAAACUAAGCUACAAGGCUUUUUUGCUGGCCAGGUAAUGAAACUAUCAAAAGGCAAAGCGAACCCUGGCCUAUUGAACAAAAUCCUUCUGGAGAAAUUAAACGCGAAAAGCUGAAGGUUUUAUAGCCAAAUGAGCCAUGUGUGUUGAUACAGCAACGGCAAACACCAAGGUGGAGGAACAUAUUGAAGUCUGAGUCAUUUGCCGAGUUUUCAGUACUGAGUUCAUAUAAUACUUUGCACCAUUUUGUAGAUUAAAUUAAAUUAGAUCCUUUCUUUUGUGUAUCAAUUGGAAGGAACAAAUGGUGUUUAGACCAACAGAUGCCCCUUGUAUUUUGACUGAUUU